AUGGGAACACAUGUGGGUCAUUCGGUUGUUUAGCUAGCGAAAUACAGUAGAUAGGGCUAAGUAAAUUAACAUGAAUUUCCUAGCUAUUUGUUUAACAACAGUCAGCUAAUGUUAGCUAGCUAGCAACGGUAUUGUAAAUAUAUACACCUUGCCACUGCUAGUUACUUAGUCGGCUCGAUUGUCUGGGCUGUGAAAUAAUAAUCAAUGAUCCUUCGACAGUUCGUGUCUAGGGGGCUGGUACCUCGACUGUGUGGCAGAAUAAGUAGCGUUUCAAGCAAGAAGAAGCUGUUAGUUCAGAUGGCACGACCUAGCUCAGACAUGGCGGAAUUCCGGAAGGUCUUCUCCAACGCCAAGCACGUGGUGAUCCUGACGGGGGCUGGCGUGAGUGCGGAGAGCGGGGUGCCCACGUUCCGGGGGGCGGGAGGGUUCUGGAGGAAGUGGCAGGCGCAGGACCUGGCCACGCCCGAGGCGUUCGCGCGGAACCCGUCGCGCGUGUGGGAGUUCUACCACUACCGGCGCGAGGUGAUGCUGACGAAGAGCCCCAACCCCGCCCACCUGGCCAUCGCCGCCUGCGAGGCGCGGCUCAGCCGGCAGGGCCGCGCCGUCACGGUCAUCACGCAGAACAUCGACGAGCUGCACCGCCGCGCCGGCUCCAAGAGCGUGCUGGAGAUCCACGGAAGUCUCUUCAACACCAGGUGUACCAACUGUGGGAACGUGGCGGCCAAUCACAAGAGCCCCAUAUGCCCUGCAUUAGAAGGUAAAGGGGCCCCCGACCCGAACACGAAUGAUGCCCGCAUCCCUCAAGAAGACCUCCCAAGGUGUGAGCAGGCUGGCUGUAACGGGCUGCUCCGGCCCAGCGUGGUCUGGUUUGGGGAGACUCUGGACGCCGACAUCCUGACGAAGGUGGAGGGUGAGCUGGAGACCUGUGACCUGUGUCUGGUGGUUGGCACCUCCUCCAUCGUGUACCCGGCGGCCAUGUUUGCCCCGCAGGUAGCAGCCCGAGGAGUCCCUGUGGCGGAGUUCAACAUGGAGGACACUCCCGCCACCAUGCGCUUCCAGUUCCACUUCCAGGGCCCCUGCGGCAGCACCCUGCCCCCCGCUCUGGAGCGCCACGAGACCGAGGUCAUCUGAAGGAAGCCUGCCCCCCCCCCUAAACGAAGAGCACUUGGUGCAUCCCAACUGCCACAGGCCAGCUGGAGAAGACCUCCGAUCCACUUAGAAAAAGGGGAUCUGAAGUGCUGUCACCCCUGUGUUUUAAGUGUGUGAUUCUUGUGCGGAUAGGGUGGUUUGGGGGGGGGGGGGUUUGUUACAAGUGCCCCCCCCCCCCCCUUCCCCCCAACCUCACAUCACCCGUUUUGGGAAUGGAAGCGUUUGGUGUGUGACUUGCUUUAACACUUCACUAAUAGGUGUGACUGCACAACAGGAAGCCAGCGGGGCUAGGGGGGCAGUUAUGGAGGAAGGGGGGGUGGGGGGGUACUGUAACUGUAAUGGGGAUGAACACAUUUAAGCAUUAGGGAUGUUUUUAUAUUUGUCUGCUCUAGACGGAAAUUAAGUAAUUACAUUGUGAUUUCUUUUUUUAGUUUUUUGGGACAUUGUCUGGCACAUAGUUUGUAGCAUUUUCGGUUUCAGAAGGAAGGGUGGUGAUAUAUUUGAAGUGUGUUUCAGAGGAGUGGUUGUACUGAUUGAAUGGUUUAUAAUGCGAGAGGCGUGGUGUUUUUGGGUCGGGUGUCAUCACCACGGUAACCCAAUAACAGAGUGCGGUGUGGAGAGCGCUGUGCUCCCGAUGUCAGGUUCAGUUCUGCGUGCGCGCUGUGUCACGGCUCUCCACAAAUGCCGGGGUCACGGGAUCCAGUCGACUGUCUGCACAUGCCAGGGGGAACAGGUCAGUAGUGUGUGACGAGCAGGUGGGUCAAUGUCUGCUAUUUAAAAAAAAAAGGGUUUAGCUUGGGGUGACUGUCACCCCCCACCCCAGCCCCCGUGUAACCGUUUCUGACCAGUAAUUUUGCAGGCAUUCGACCAAAUCAUGACGUGUCACCUCUCCGUUUUAACAUCCGCGCUGCUCGCGUGCUUUAGUUUCGAUGGUAAUCGUAUGCAAAUGGAACUUACUUGUCAAUAAAAGCCACUUUCUCUA